UCAGCAUUCAACUGUUCAAACAAAAACCAUACUUUACCAUUUUCCCUAUUAUGACCUCACUCCUCUCUUUCUCCUUCUUGGCUUCUUCUUACCUACCCUCUUCUCUCUUCCUCGCCUUUCCGCCUUAAGCUUCCUCUUUACGGGGGCCUCCGUUAAGUCUCUGCUUAUGUCAUUUCCGUAUUUGUUUUUACCCUUUCGGGCGAACUCUAUGAACCCAGAAUAAAAAUUAGACAAGAGCUCCGGGUCUCCAUAAUAUUUUAGGCUUUUUUUUUUUUUUUUUUUCAGUUUUGUGUUCUUCUGUUGUACUAAUCUCGGUUUUCUCUCACUGCUGCUUCUUUCUAAAGAACCCUUUUUUUUUUUUCAAUUUGUAAAUUUUGAAAAACCCUAAUUUUCUUUUCAUUAUUGUUGCUGCUGUUGUUGAAAUCUUGUUUCUUUGCCCUAAUUUAGAGCUUAGGUGUUAUUAUAUUAGAACCAUAUACCUUUUUUUAAAAAAACUAUUAUUAAACGAUGCAGUUUUUAUUUCAGGAAACUAGAAAUUUAGGGUUUCAUGUCUCAAUCUUGAUUUUCAAGAUUUAGCUGUUUUUAUUCUUGUAGUUAUUUUUGUUGUUGUUGUAAGCUUUAGUUGGGAUUAGCGGAAUUUUGAUUUAGAAAUGAAGAGGCUGAGAUCAAGUGAUGAUCUUGAUUGUUAUAAUAAUGACAAAAGCUCUACAAAAGAUUCCAGCUCGAGUCUGAAUCGAUCAUCGUCUCGAAGCUUCUAUUAUAAAUCUGAUAGUGUACGGAAGGGAUUGAUGUCUACAUCAUCUUCUUCCAGCAGGUAUGAUCGAGAUCGGUCUGUAGAUGAUGAUAGUAGGGAGAGCUCGAGGAUGGUUAGGAAGCGGCCAGAUCAUGAUUUUGACGGAUUUGAUCGAAGAAAAGGUGCAGGGUUAGGAUUUGAUAGGUACGGCAGUAGAGAAGGAGGGUAUAGUGGAAGUGGUGGUGGUGGUGGUGGUAGUGAUAGAAUUGCUCAUCGAGCUGAGAGUUUUUCUGGGUCACGAAGGGAGUUUCCAAAAGGGUUUAGGUCGGAAAGGGACAGGUCCAGAAGAGAAGGUAGUGUUUCCUCAUGGAGGAGAUUUGGUAGUACCGUGGGUAAGGAAUUUGAAGAGAGUAAUAGAGGUGGUAGAGGUGGAAAUGAGGAGAGAUUGAAUGUGAAUGCUGUUAAUAGGUCUUCUCCAAAAGGAUUGAGGGAUGUGAAGUCGCCAACUUGGUCUAGGGAUUCAGGGAGUGAGCAAACUAGAGUGGUAAGAGGUUCUGUGAAGGAUGAGGGGAAGGGGAAGUCAUCGAAUUCGAAGUCGAGGUCAUCCCCCACUUGGUCUAAAGAUUCAGGAAGUGAGCAGUCGAAGAGUGUGGAGGUGGCGAAGAAGAGUGAAGUGGAGGCCAAGAGUGUUGCUAGUGAAAAUGAGGUGAAGAGUGUUGUGGCUAGUGGGAGUAGCAGUGAGAUGGAAGAAGGGGAGCUUGAACCAGAGCCUGAAUUGGUUCCUCAAGUUGCCAAGGAAGAUAAAACUGAUAAUGAGAAAGAAGGGCAAGAGAAUGCUGCGUCCAAUGCUAAUCAGAGUGAGGCUGACAGUGAAACUGAAGUUAAAGGUCAAAUAAAUGAAGCAGCAAAGGGAUCUGAUAAAGCAAGUGUUUUGGAGGGGAAAGAUGUUGUCCAAGAAGUUGAUAGGAUGCCAAAUUGUGAUGAGAAUUUGAAUGAUAAUGCUAGUGUUAGUGAAGAUGAAGUUGGGAAUGUGGAUUGUGAUGGAGGGAGUGAGGAGGGUCAAAGUUUAAAUGGACAGAGUGCAUGCAAGGAGGAGGAACGUCAGGAAAUGGUGGUUGAGAAACUGACAUGUGUGGAAGAGGAAAGUAGGCCAGAGAAGGGUAUUGAUCUUGAGGUUAAGGUGGAGGAUGUUGAUGUGCCGAAGUCGAACAAGGAGGUCAAAGAGGAGAAUAGAGGGGAUGAAAUGGAUGCUGGUCUAGUUGCAGAGAGUUUGGGCCAAAAUUUGAAGGAUAAAGGAAAAAGUGUGGCUGUCUCGCCAACCCAUGCUAAUGCUUCUGCAGAAUGUGGUGCAUGGCUUGAAAGAGAAUGCAGAGAUGUUGCAACUUGCAGGGAUGAGGAAGAUGAUAUGGAAGGGCCAAGUACUAGGGGAUUUGAGUUGUUCACUAGCUCUCCUGUUAGAAGAGUAGAGAAAGCAGCACAAUCAGGCCUUUCUAAGCCAAAAGAUGAAAAGCUGGUGUUGGAGCCACUCGAUCUUUCUCUUAGCUUACCAAAUGUUCUUUUACCAUUUGGUACUGCUGCUAAAGAUGCCUCUCUGGCUCCUGGUUCCCCUAGUCAUGGGAGAAGCGUUCAGUCUUUUAGCACAUUGCGUACAAAUUCUGAUGGAUUUACUGCAUCAAUGUCUUUUUCAGGUUCUCAGUCAUUUUUUCACAAUCCAAGUUGUUCUUUAACACAGAAUUCGUUGGAUAUGGACAACUUUGAGCAGUCUGUUCACAGCCGGCCCAUAUUUCAGGGAAUCGAUCAAGGAAUUUGGCAGGGCCAAUCUCAAAAUGAUUCCAAGCAUAAAGAUGUUCCAUUGUAUCAGAAGGUUUUGAUGAAUGGAAAUGGCUCUGUUCAUCAGUCACAAGCAUUACAAGGUAUGCCGAAUGGUCAAGCAUUGCAAGGAAGCUCUAAAAUGCCCAGUGGACUAGAAAGGCAGCUGAGUUUUCAUAAACAGUUGUCAGGACAGGCAAGGAAUCCUGAUGAAACCAGAUCUCCUUCUCAAAGUGUUGGAUCUCAUGACAUUGGUUCAAAUUAUAGCCUUGAGAAGAAGCGUUCCAUGAGAGAAAAACAUGGUGGUAGCCUCUAUAGAAGUAAUAGCCAAAAGGAGCAAGAACAGUUUCUGAUAGGUGGGGCUGAUUUUGUUGAAACUAUAAUCAGCAGAAUAGUUUCUGAUCCUAUUCAUGUAAUGGCUAGGAAGUUUCAUGAAAUGACAGGACAAUCUGCAGCAUUAGUGAAGGAGAGUAUUCGUGAAAUGAUGUUGAAUGCUGAUAAGCAAGGACAACUAUAUGCGUUUCAGAGUGCUCUGCAAAACAGGACUGACUUGACUUUGGAUAUGCUGUUGAAAUCCCAUCGGUUUCAAUUGGAAAUCUUGGUUGCUUUAAAAACUGGUCUAAGGGAAUAUCUUCAAGUAGACAGUAAUAUUUCAUCUUCUGAUUUGGCAGAGGUUUUUCUGAACCUAAGAUGCAGAAAUCUUGCCUGUCGCAGUCCUGUGCCUGUCGAUGAAUGUGAUUGCAAGGUUUGUGCAAAGAGGAAUGGUUUUUGUAGUGCAUGUAUGUGUCUUGUGUGCUCAAAGUUUGAUAUGGCAUAUCAAACUUGUAGCUGGGUUGGAUGUGAUGUCUGUCUUCAUUGGUGCCAUGCGGAUUGUGCAUUGAGGGAGUCCUACAUUAGAAACGGCAGGAGUGCAACUGGGGCACAGGGAAGUACUGAGAUGCAGUUUCAUUGUGUUGCAUGUGCUCAUCCCUCUGAGAUGUUUGGGUUUGUCAAGGAGGUUUUUCAAAACUUUGCAAAGACAUGGUCAGCAGAAACGUUUUGCAAAGAACUUGAAUAUGUGAAGAGAAUUUUUAGUGGUAGCAAAGAUGUGAGAGGAAGGCGGCUGCAUGAAAUCGCUGCCCGGAUGCUGGAAAAAUUAGCAAAUAAGUCUAAUCUUCCAGAGAUUUAUAGUAAUAUCAUGAGCUUCUUGACUGAAAGUGAUUCUUCCAAGUAUAGCAAUACUUGUUUGUCCUCUGGGAAGGAGCAAGGAAAUGGAAGCAAUGCAGGGAUGGCUGGGCCUAGCUUGGAUUCCUCUUGGCUCAAAUCUGUUUAUACCGAAAAAGCUCCUCAGCUGGAAAGAUCAUCUAGCCUCCUUCCUAGCUUUAAUACUGACUUGCAUGAUAAACGUCCCAUAGCUGAAUUGGAGAGAAGUGCCCAGAAAGAACCAAUUUUUGAUGAACUGGAGAGCAUUGUGAGAAUUAAACACGCAGAAGCUAAAAUGUUUCAAGCACGCUCUGAUGAUGCACGAAGGGAAGCUGAGGGCCUGAAGCGAAUUGCAAUUGCAAAGAAUGAGAAAAUUGAAGAAGAGUAUACCAGUAGACUCGCAAAAUUGCGGUUGGUUGAGGCUGAGGAAAUGCGGAAACAAAAAUUUGAAGAAUUUCAAGCUCUGGAAAGGGCUCAUCGAGAAUACUUCAGCAUGAAGAUGAGAAUGGAAGCUGAUAUUAAGGAUUUGUUGUUGAAAAUGGAAGCUACUAAACGAAAUCUUGCCAUGUGAUUCCCUAACUUUCAUGUUUUGCUUUAGAGAUGUCAUGGAUCACAGGUAAAAAUUUACUCUACAACCAAAAGAAUUAUAUUAUAUGUCGUAAUGUAACGCAGCAUUAUGGCGGCAUCUGCUUUAGCAUUUAGAUAUUAGGUGCAUCUUUUAAUCUAGAUUUUUUUUCCCUUUUACUGCUAACUUGAAUUUGUACAGGCAGACUGCAAAAUCUUUGUAUUUUAUAAGUAGCUCCCAGUUAGUGGAAGCAAUUUGAAAGAGAUAUGAUAGGUGAAGUUUCUAUUGCCUGAAAAGAUAAA